CAUACCCCCAAUUUGCAAUUGGAGAGAGAGGUGUCAGUUGAGAGCAUCUCCCUUCAUCUGAAGUCAAUUGAUAGCGGCGAGGGACGGAGUUAGGCGUGGAACUGAAUCUGGGCUCAGCUUGUGGUCUCUCUCCACCGGCAGUGAGUCAUAUUAGAGCAGGAGCCUUAUCAUAAUCGGAGGAAGAAGAGAGAGAGAGAGAGAGACCGGUGAAUGAUCCUGCCAAGCUACAAGGAGAUAACAUCACGGUUGGCUGGAUCAUGUUGUAACUGAACCUCCGGUGGUGUCCCUGGAAUGCUGUCAGACUAGAGGAGAGCUCUUUGCCGAAUUCCCAAGCCUUGGUGUCGAGCAGAGGACCAAUGGGGGUUCUGAUGUCCAAGAAGCAGACGGUGGAGCAGGUGCAGAAGGCCAGCGUGGUGGUGUCGGCCUUCAAAGACGGGCUGAGGGAUAAGCGGACAGCCAGGAGCAGGGCCGAGCCUCCUCCGGGCAAGGUGGUGGAGGAGGAGGAGCGGGGCCGAGAGCAGGACAAGGAGGCGGCUGGAGCCAGCCCCAGCCGACCCAGCAGCGAGGAGGCAAAGAGGAACCAAGCGGCUUGGGAGAGGCUGAGGGAUGGCAAGGGGAUUGAGCCCGAGGAGCUAGAGUGGGGCAACCUCGGCACCCCGCCGGCUUACACCAGGCCCAAGAGGCAACUCGGAGAUGACCAAUCGCUUGACAUCAAGCUGCAAGAGAGAGAGGAGGUGACCAAUGACGAGAUGUGCGACAUCUGUGAGGUGUGGACGGCCAACGAACUCUACCCCUGCCGGAUCUGUACCCGGGUCUUCCAUGAUGGCUGCCUGCGUCGCAUGGCCCAGCUCAGUCCCAGCAGCAUCCAGGAGCUGAAGGAGACGGCACACACUGCUGUGGGCUGGAGCUGCCAGUACUGUGAUAACGUGAACCUUCUGUUGACUGAGGAAGAGAUGUUCAGCCUGAAGGAAAUCUUCCGACAGUGCAGAAUCAUCCCAGAGUCGUGUCUGACCUCCGAUGACUUCCUCCACUACAAGCACUCUAUGCACAAGCAGCUGUUCGACGAGCAGAUGGACGAGGAGAAGGAGGAACUGGCUCUGUCUCAGUUCUCCGGCCUGGAUGAUGACAGGAAGGGGGAGGUGGAGUGGGCGGACUUCUUGUACCACGAGUCCCUGCUGGUUCUGCAGAGGUUCCGCUCACAGAAUUCGCUGCUGCGGCUCCUGACCCCCAAGGAGCGCGAGAAGGCCCGAAGUGUCUUCCUGAGCCUGGACCAGAAGCAGGAUGGACUGAUCACCGCCGGGGAGUGUCACAGGGCCCAACACUCUUGGUUCCACAAGAACUCCAAGGACUCGCAGUCCUGCAGCGUCAGCAUCAGCCACGUCGGGCCCAUCUCAGAGAGCAGCCCAGCUAAUAAAGGACGUGGGAGACUCCCGGACAGGUCCCUGCUCUGCAAGGACCAGGAGGAGAGCAGGUCCGUCACCUGGAAAACCUUCCUGAAGGAGAAUGCCAUCUACAUUCUGGCUGCGCGGCCCAACAGUGCGGCUGUUCACCUGCGGCCCCUCGCCUAACCCGGGGAGAGCCCUGGCUCUGCGGGCUGUGCCCUCGCUCCUUCCCUCCCUCACCCCCUCCGCCACCGCAAUCCCCUCCCUCCCUCAACCCCUCCGCCGCCUCACCCAUUCCCUCCAUCCACCUCCUCCCUCCCUCCACCACCUCUCUCCCUCCCUCCCUCCCUCAACCCCUCCGCCACCUCACUCCCUCCCUCACUCCCUCAACCCCUCCGCCACCUCACCCCCUCCCUCCCUCCCUCAACCCCUCCACCACCUCACCCAUUCCCUCCAUCCACCUCCUCCCUCCCUCCGCCACCUCUCUCCCUCCCUCCCUCAACC